UUUUCGCUCCUUUGUGCAGUAGGUUGCAAAAUCCUCAACUCUAACCUCACUUUCAACCGUCAAAACAAAUAUUUUACUAAAGCCAUUCAAAUCAUGAAUAUGACAAAUACGACUGCAAACGUUGAUAUUUAUCGUAAACUAGUGAAAACGUACCUCGAUUUGCAUGGGUAUCAAUCUGCGUUAUUUUGGGCCGAUAAGGUGGUAACUCUGACAGGAAACCCCCGAGAUGUAUACUGGUUAGCGCAAUGCAUGUUUAUGUUAAAGCAAUACCACAGGGCUUCGCAUUUAUUGCGUUCGAAGAAUCUGGAUAAGAGUUACAUCUUGUGUAAUUGUUUAACAGCGAGGUGUUUAUUAGAAGCGAACGAAUUUAAUGAAGCACUUCAAGUUUUAAAUUCGAUUGAUUUCGAUUUCAGUACGGAAAAUGCGGCGAAUAUUGAGGCUUUGCUGUUUGAUGAGACUCCUAAAAAUCAAGUUUUCUCUUCUGUUUUUCUGCUGAAAGGGAGGGUGUUUGAAAGUAUGGAUAAUAGAGGCCUUGCUGCUGAUUGCUACAAACAAGCGUUACAAUACGACGUUUACUGUUUUGAAGCGUUUGAAUCUCUGAUCAAGUACCAAAUGCUCACUGCCCGUGAAGAGGAAGAAUUAAUUAACGCUCUGCCAAUCAUGCAACAGUGCAACGGUGAAGAGGCUGAAAUUCUUCUGACUCUCUAUGGAAGUAAAUUAAAAAAAUACCACACACCAAUUGGGGUGAAAAUAACAGAACGUAAUUCCUCUGAGUUAAUUUUAAACAGUAUACCGUCAUUGCCUACUACUCCCAGUGUGAUAGCUUCAACGUCAAUAAGUAGUACACCCAACGUGGCCAGAAACAAUGAUAAAAACUUGAUGAAAAAUGUGGAACAUUUCGAAAGACCGGUUUUGACUAAACUGAAACAAAGUUUAGAUAUGCAAGUGGCUGAGGCCGAACGUUUGUACUAUAAUUGUGACUAUCAGCAAUGUAGUGAGUUGACUGAGGCGAUUUUGCGGGAGGAUCCUUAUCACAAUGGGUGUUUGCCGAUCCAUAUAGCAUGUCAAGUGGAACUGAAGCUUAGCAAUAAACUGUUUUCCCUGGCCCACAAGCUGGUGGAUCUUUACCCCAACUUGGCGAUUUCCUGGUUCGCCGUCGGUUGCUACUAUUACAUAAUCGGCAAAAGUGACUGCGCCCGCCGUUUCCUGUCAAAGGCCACCUGUCUCGACCGCUUAUUCGGCCCUGCGUGGCUCGCCUACGGCCACUCUUUCGCCAUCGAAAACGAACACGACCAAGCGAUGGCCGCUUAUUUCAAAGCCUCUCAAUUGAUGAAAGGCUGCCACUUGCCCCUCCUCUACAUCGGACUCGAAUGCGGCCUCACCAACAACGUAAGACUCGCCGAAAAGUUCUUCAAACAAGCGCAAAACAUUGCGCCGGAUGACCCCUUUGUCAUGCACGAAAUGGGCGUAAUAGCAUUUCAAAAUUUAAACUUCAAAGAUGCGGAAAAACACUUCAAGGACGCGUUGGCCAGGAUCAGGAAGGUUAAAUCAAAUCCUGAUAUAAUACCGAAACGGUGGCAAGGGUUGUUGAAUAAUUUAGGACACACAUGUCGCAAACUGAAGAAAUAUGAAGAGGCUUUGGAUUUUCACCACCAGGCGCUGUUGUUGGCCCCCCAGUCGGCGAGUACGUAUUCGGCUAUUGCUUUCGUACAUGCCCUCAUGGGGCACACUGAAGACGCCGUGGAUUGGUUUCAUAAAGCCCUAGGACUGCGCAUUGAUGAUUCGUUUUGUACCACUAUGUUGAACUAUGUUAUCGAACAAUUAGCCGAAGAAAAACCCCCGUAUCCAGGUGCUCCAGAAUUUAUACCAAAAUUUGAUAUCGAAACGAAGGCUUUGGGGGACACCGAGACUGAAACAUCGCAAGCGAACGAAGAGUCGGCGUCAAUGGCCCCCAGUGAGAUGAGUAUGAGUAUAGAAGUGGACAUGGCGGACGCUAGUGGAAUAAAUAAAGAAUAAAUCUAAUUUUUUACAAAUAAAA